AUGUCGAGUAGUGGAGAAGAAGAGUUACUCCAACUGGAGCGUCAUAAGGAAGCGUACUGUAGAUUUGGUGGUCGUCGGCAACGAGUGCUAAACGAAUACAGUGUGACGUUAAGGGAAAACGCCUUUUCCCUUAGGCAACAUCUGAUGAAGGGGCAGAAUUCUUCAAACGAGACUCUUGAAACGAAAUUCUAUAAUAUAGUCGCUGAAAGUGGCAGUUACGAGUUUACGAGUGGACGAAGUCAGGUUUGGGUUAAAGGUCACGUUUGGGCGUUGUCCGACUUGUUUCUCCAAUUUUUCGUUGCAACGUAA